GAGUCUUCAUCACUCUUGAUAACUACGCCAUGACUGUCUAAUAUCGUCUACGAAUACAACACGACUCAUUUCCCCUCAUUUAUAACACCAAUACGCCCAUAAUGUAUCACGUCGAAGUAAUCCCGAAUACCUCUUCAUCCCACGUCACCCCAGGAUGGACUUAUGUCGCCGAUAAAGGCUUCGACUCAGCAAAGGCCGCGAUGCCUCCUACGACAGGUCGAAAGCGCGGAAUUAGAGACCCGGCGCGAACAGAUGUGUCCUCGCGACAGGCGAAUGCGAUCGCCAGGCACUUGGCGGAACUUGAUCGAGAGAAUCAUAGGGAUGCUGCGAUUGCCAUUCCCGCGAGGAAAGAUGCUCAACCAAGGGAGAGUGCGACAAGAGGAACAAGGACAAAAGUAACGUCAAAUGUACGGCGUAUUUUGCAGUCGCAGAAGACGUUUCGGAAUUAUCUCGAUGAUGAAGAGGCCGCACUGGCUCAAGCGGCCUCGACCUCAACUACGACGCAGCGUGUGCCGUUAAACAAAAUCGCAAAACCUUCUUCCGCAUCAUUGUCACGACGAAGCUCGACGCCAGCUACGACGCCGAAACCAGAUACUUCCACGUCUCGCACAAAAAAAGACACAUCCAAGAAAAAACCUGAGAAGACUCCGGCUGAACCCGAACCCAUGCCUCAACCCCAAACCGAACAAGAUCAAAAGGACCAAGAAGACGAAGACCAAGACGCGCACCCUAUAAAAUCCCAAUACGAUAACGAUCCCCUUUUGAAAUCAUACAUCCCUUCUGCCCCAUCAGAACGCAUAAUGCGCGCCCUCCUUUCCGAACCGCCCCUCGCAUAUAAUGCGUCACGCGCAGGUCCCCCACUGACCGGGAGAUCGACGCGGAAGUUCUGCUGCAUAUGUGGAUAUUGGGGGAAGAUUCGGUGUCGGAAUUGUCAUCAGCGGACUUGCGGAGGUGACUGUUAUAAAACGCAUGAAGAUUCAAGGUGUGGGGCUUUCUUUUAAGAAAGUUUUUAAGCUCAGACCACUUGCAUUCUUGAUGUUGAAGACUGCAAUAUACCCAACCUACAUUAUUCAUAAUAAUAUAAAAAAACUAGAGAAUCUGUAUAUUAUAUGUAUAUUCGAACGGAAAUCAUCUUUACUCUCAGGCUCGAGAAGUAUCAGCACUUCAUCCGUAUCCCAGCUCGUAAUUCCUCCUCCCGGAUUUCGAACAUGACCUGUACA